GCCCGCUCGAUACCCACCGAGCGUAGCAGAAGCUGCGUGGUAGCCGCCAGCGAAGUAAAGAGUGAUUUGGCUUCACAAUUCACAUUCACCAAUUCUAGAAAACCCCUAAACCCUAAACGCAUCACUGUCUCCCACCACCAUACAAUAGUCAUGGCGGAGCUGAAACUCUCAGAGAACCGAGACCUAACCCGUAUAGAGCGCAUUGGCGCACACUCCCACAUUCGUGGGCUGGGUCUCGACUCUACCCUUGAACCCCGCCAAGUCUCCGAGGGCAUGGUGGGUCAGACCGCCGCCCGCAAGGCUGCCGGAGUCAUCCUCCAGAUGAUCAAAGAGGGCAAGAUUGCCGGCCGUGCCGUUCUUCUAGCGGGCCAGCCCGGCACCGGCAAGACCGCCAUCGCCAUGGGCAUGGCCAAGUCCCUGGGCCUUGAGACCCCCUUCGCCAUGCUUGCUGGAAGCGAGCUCUUCUCCCUCGAGAUGUCUAAGACCGAAGCCUUGAUGCAGGCCUUCCGCAAGGCUAUCGGCGUGCGCAUUAAGGAAGAGACCGAGGUCAUCGAAGGCGAGGUCGUCGAGAUCCAAAUCGACCGCCCGGCCGUCUCCGGGGCAGCCUCCAAGACCGGUAAGCUCACCCUGAAGACCACUGAGAUGGAAACCGUGUACGAUCUGGGCGCCAAGAUGAUCGAGGCGCUGGGGAAGGAGAAGGUACAGAGUGGAGACGUCGUCGCCAUUGACAAGGCCUCCGGGAAGAUCACGAAGCUCGGGAGGUCCUUCUCUCGAUCCAGGGACUACGAUGCCAUGGGACCCCAGACCAAGUUCGUGCAGUGUCCCGAUGGGGAGCUCCAGAAACGUAAGGAAGUCGUGCAUUGCGUAACGCUUCACGAGAUCGAUGUCAUCAAUAGCAGGACACAGGGAUUUCUGGCUCUCUUCACUGGUGAUACUGGUGAAAUCCGUGCAGAAGUGAGGGAACAAAUUGACACAAAGGUGGCAGAGUGGAGAGAGGAAGGGAAGGCAGAGAUGAUACCUGGUGUUCUCUUCAUUGAUGAGGUGCACAUGCUUGACAUUGAAUGCUUUUCUUUUCUGAAUCGUGCUUUGGAGAAUGAGAUGGCUCCCAUAUUAGUUGUCGCUACAAACAGAGGGAUCACCACAAUCCGAGGCACAAAUUACAAAUCCCCACAUGGGAUUCCAAUAGAUCUUCUUGAUCGCCUACUUAUUAUCACAACCCAGCCUUACACAGAGGAUGAAAUCUGCAAGAUUUUAGACAUCAGGUGCCAAGAGGAAGAUGUGGAAAUGUCUGAAGAUGCAAAAUGUUUGUUGACCAAAAUUGGGGUAGAAACAUCAUUGAGAUACGCCAUUCAUCUCAUUACAGCUGCUGCAUUAGCUUGCCUGAAGCGGAAGGGAAAGAUUGUGGAGAUGGAAGACAUUAACCGGGUUUAUCAUCUGUUUUUGGAUGUGAAGAGAUCAACACAAUACUUGAUAGAGUUUCAGAACCAGUACAUCAAUGAAACUGGAGAUGGUGACGAAGAUGAUGCCAAUACAAUGGUUUCCUGAAAAUGUUUUUGACUUGAAAUUGGUUGUGUAUUUUUCAUCCGUGUUUGCUAGUUUUCAAUGUGGAGCCCGAGUAGUUUAUCUUUUGGGUGCAGUAUCUGCAGCAUGUAUGUAAGAGGCUCUUGCAAUUGUAUGGCGAGAUGCUUGUUCUGUAUACCUGCACGUAUUGUUUGCGGACAUAUAGUAUGCAUGAUCUAGCUAUUAGACUCUUUUGGGUUCCACAAAAGCAGAAA